UUUUUUAAAAACAAAAUUAUAUCAAUUUUUAAAAUUGAACAUUAUUUUUGAUUAUGUUUGCAAAUAAUUUAGUUAAAAAUAUUAUUUAUUAUUAUUUUAUAUUAAUAAUAACAUUAUUGCCAAUAUGUUUGGGUUCACUAUGUCCCUGUGAGGACCAAAAAUUAUGCCAACCAAUUGAUUAUAAUGGCAAUGAGGUGUAUGCAUUUGUUGGCCAAUCUAAUCGUACCGAAUGGCAACUAUACGAUUGGAGCCGAUUGACCACAAUAGCAUUGGCCGGCUUUUAUGACCCGGAGCUUAUGUGUCACGCACAUAAAAACCAGGUCCGUGUCGUUACAUUGGCGGACUUCUCCAAACAGGACCUACUGGACCAACAAAAAGUAGACAAAUGGAUCGGACAACAGAUAGACUACGCAAAAGAGCGCUUUUUGGACGGAAUAAACAUUGAUGUCGAGUACGAUAUCGAUGCCGACAGUCCACUGAUUAAUGGUUUAACAGAGUUUACCGGACGGGUAAGGGAUAGGUUUCACGCGGCACUACCAAAAUCACAGGUUACGUUUGACGUACCCUGGAGUCCAACAAAUGAGAAAGGUAAAGGAGUUGAUGGCCGUAACUACAACUUUACAGGACUGGCCUCUGCGGCAGACUUUUUGUUUGUUAUGUCUUACGACGAAAAGUCACAGAUUUUCGAUACCGAUUGUACGGCCAGUGCUAACAGCGAUCUGUUUUGGACAGCAGGCGGACUAUCGGCUUAUCUUAAAAUGGGUAUACCAUCUGAAAAAUUAGUACUGGGUCUGCCCUGGUAUGGCUACGACUACCCGUGCGUGUCUACCGGUCCGGAGAGGACAUGCUUUAUCAAAGAGGUACCGUUUCGUGGUGUGAACUGUAGCGACGCAGCCGGCCGUCAGCUACCCUAUCGUCAGAUACAACAGUUGAGUCAGACCUACGGAAGCAAUUGGGACGAACACUCCAGGAGUAGAUUUUUGUAUUUCAAUGACACUUUAGGACAGACCCGUCAGAUCUGGUACGACGACUCCUAUACACUGUCAUUGAAAAUAGGUUUUGCCACUUAUAAGAAACUACGUGGGGUUGGGAUGUGGAACGCAAAUAUGUUGGACUAUUCGGGAACAGCCGAAAGUAAGGCCAUGAUUGCCGACAUGUGGCAUACGUUUCCCGAUUAUCGGCACAACAAGACUGGCCAUCAGUUAGUGGCCAAAAAAUAUCAGCCUCUAUAUGAAUCGCUUAUUAUUAAUAAUAAUAAUAAUGUUAAUGAUAACUAUUAA